AAUGCUUGCGACUCUCGCAAUAUGGCGGCGUCCUGCGGGGAGUCAGCCUGCCCUUACUUUGCAUAGGGACGGCGCCCGCAAUCCUUGGCAGCCUAAACGUCCUGUGAUGAGUUGCAAGCGGCUGGUUUGCCCUUCAGCUUCUAUGGAAUCAGCUGCCUGAGGGAAGCCGCUCUAUCCGCUGGGGGGCAUCUCUGUGGUGGAAGCUGAGUCCCUUUCCCAUGGUGAAAUUGACCGGGGAAAACCCCGGGUUUGUUUUAACCGUUUGAAGACCGCAUCGCUUUUGUUUGCCUUCGGCAUGGUGGAAAAGAAAGUAUCAGCGCGGUCCCAGGAUCCCAGCCAGCGACGGAUCUUGGAUCGGGCCACCCGGCAGCGCCGUCUGAACCGCCAGCUCGAGGCCUUGGAAAAUGACAACUUCCAGGACGACCCUCACGCCAAUAUGCCCCAGCUUGUGAAGCGGCUGCCGCAGUUUGACGAUGACGCCGAAACGGGGAAGAAGAAGAAGAAAACCCGCGGGGACCAUUUCAAGUUGCGUUUCCGCAAGAAUUUCCAGGCUUUGCUGGAGGAACAGAACCUCAACGCGAGUGAAGGCCCCAACUAUCUCACAGCCUGCGCGCCUCCCUCGAACUUGCCCCAGCGUCACUUCUGCACCGUCUGUGGCUUCCCUUCCAACUACACUUGCGUGUCCUGCGGGGCCCGCUACUGCUGCGUGAAGUGUUUGGGAACGCAUCAAGAGACGAGGUGUCUGAAGUGGACUGUUUGAUGUUUGUCCAGAGGAACAUUGCUGGCUUGUAUAUCGCCUGCCUAUUGCCCAUGGAUCCGUUUGGCUUGUGGAGCCCAAAGCUUUGUCUCACAGAACUGAAGUGUGGAAGAUCAGGUUCUCCGGACUGAGUGAAAAUCACGUGCUUGGGGCCAAUCUUCCACAGAUGUCUGGGUAAUAAAAACACGGCGUUUAUCAAGUUGUCA